AUGAAGGAGAAACAGGAAGCGUUUCCACUCUGCCAAUGGGCGAACAAGACGUGGUUAGCGUCAACAACCACCACUCUGGACGAAUAUUGUAACCGUCGAACAAAUGACGACCUGGGAAUUGAGGGAGGUGGAGAUGAAGAGUUAAUGAGUUCGCUUGGAGGAGCGGAUGAUUAUAUAACAGGGGGAGCGUCGAAAGAACUUCAGAAUCUCUAUGAAGACAAUAAGUCGGCGUCAGUAGACCAGGGAUGCACAGGUCAAUCCCCGAGGGCGAGUCUGCCAAGUUGGGAUCAGAUACUGGCACAAGUAGUGGACACCUUACAUCAAGACCCGAAACGACUGAACCUGGGGAGGUUAGGAAGAGAUUGGGGAUUGGUGCAGGACGUAAACCUAAGAAGAAGUUGGGGAAAUGUUCUGACAAGGAAAGUUUGUCAAGGAUCCAGCGUGAACAGGAAAUGGGCCGGAGCCCUGAUGUGUCUGAUUGGUACUCUCGCAGUAGGUACAAAUCAAACCAGACAAAGUUGGGGACCCAUUCCAGACGUCUGUGGCAACUUUCUCGAUGAGGUAAUAGGUUCCAGUCACCCGCACAAAGAAGAAGCUCACAGGAACAGCCAGGAGUCAACCCUAACAGCGGACGACAGGACGAGGGAUCGAAGAAUUAAAAAGGAAGUGACGGCUUUUUUGAGUUUGAUAUUGACUAUAUAUGACUUAAUUAAAAGAUGUUGCGUCGGGUGCGGCCCCUAUUCAAUAGAGAGGUGGGCUGCAGGAAUAGGUCCAAGAACCAUUAAGCAGGAGACAGUAUAUUGUAAGCUGGACAACACGGAAUUGAAAUGCUAUAGAUCCCCGCAGGAAACAGAACAGGGGCCGGGGUAUUUACGCUAUAGUGGAGCGUCGACACCAAGUCUGAGAGAUAUCUCCCUAAGUCCAUCAGAUCAGACGGGGACAUACACAAGGCAACACCGCACCCCGGUCCUGGACGGCGGCGAGCAGGGUCACCUGACGCAAGAGUCUGCGAGUGGAGACCCAUCCAAAGAGCGAAGGAGCAUAGAAACUGAUGUCUCUUCAGACGAAAAUCGCGGACAAGACGCCCCCGACGGAACCCAACAGGAUCAGGAACACAGCACCAGGAGGUUAGAAUCCCUAAGCUCGGACCCAAACGACAACGGACCACCAGAGAAGGAGGACGAGUCAAGUGCCCCAACAGGGGGUAAGCCUACCAAAGACAAAGACGGAACUGGCGAGGAGCAAGUACCCACAGCUGAAGAUCUCAGGGGGGCGACCCUCCCAACUCAAGGUGAAUCGGAACAGGAGCCACCAUCCCAGACCACCAGCUCAGGACAAUUGACUAUGGGUUCAGUAGGUGGGAUAAUUACGAGCAUGAUUUUGAGUGCACUAGGUAUAUAUGGGUUUUGGAGGAUAAGGUUUCGGAAUAGUAGAGAUAUCAAAGCAGAGGAAAGUCGAAGGUACGUCAAGAUAGGAUAUGGAUGA